AUGGACGACAUUUCUAUUGAGAGAAUGCGAAUAUCGACGGCCCUCAAGAUGGUUGAUGUCGCCGCGUGUACGGUCUUCAUUUGGGACUACCUGCUCACCUUGGGCAUGGAGGUUGAGUAUGUGUGGCCAGGUCGAUGGACGAUAAUCAAGGCUGUGUAUCUUUUGCAACGCUACCUGCCGUUCAUUGAUACCCUGUGGAUUGCCCUUCAUGUUCUUUUCGGGACGAACCUCAGUCCUACGAUGUGUAGUCGCCUGAAUGCUGCUGGAAGAUCCCUGAUGUGCCUAGGGUUGGCCAGCUCGGAGUUGAUUCUCACUCUCCGUGCAUGGGCGGUGUGGGACAGGAACAGGGAUCUGGGGAUCAUUCUCCAAAUUCUGUUCGCCGCAUGCUUCCUUCCAACCGCGCCCAUUCUUUACGUCUUCCUCAAAUCUGUUGAAUAUAUUGAUCUUCCUCCACCGACCGAGGGUUGCAUUCCUGUUGCUGGGAAACAGAUUAUCAUAGUCAACUGGGCACUCUUGUUGGUAUGGGAUGCUCUUAUUCUGAUAUUGAUGGCAAUUCCCGCUUUCCACUCUUUUCGCUUCAAAAAUAACUCCUCCCUCUACCGCGCUGUAUAUACUGAAGGGAUCUCCUACUACCUCUACCUCUUCAUUAUCUCGACUCUCAAUAUUGUUCUUUCGGGUCUGACAUCGGUUGAUAUGUCGUAUCGCUUCGUCGUCAUAACAAUGUCGCGUUGCUUCCACUCACUCCUGACAAGUCGCGUCCUUCUCCAUAUCCGAGCUAGCAAUGACAAAGAUAUGGCGCAAGAGUCAACCGAAGUUGUCCUGGUCGACAUGGUUCCGUGA